AUGAGCCAGGCAGCUAUAACCGGCCUGCAUGGUCCCGGAGACCCAAGGUUCGCUGGAGCCACACCCCCUCCCUCACGCUGGCAGGCAUUGGUCAAACGCAGGCAGGCAUUGGUCAAACGCAGGCAGGCAACGGUCAAACGCAGGCAGGCAACGGUCAAACGCAGGCAGGCAACGGUCAAACGCAGGCAGGCAACGGUCAAACGCAGGCAGUGCAACGGUCAAACGCAGGCAGGCAACGGUCAAACGCAGGCAGGCAACGGUCAAACGCAGGCAGGCAACGGUCAAACGCAGGCAGGCAACGGUCAAACGCAGGCAGGCAACGGUCAAACGCAGGCAGGGGUAUGGUGUGCUUCGGCGCUGGAGGUGUCAGUGGGGAAGGUGCCCUUCAUGGAGGCAAUGAACGGCAGCACAGUGCUGUUACCCUGCACCUACUCCAGCUGCAUCGGCAUCAAGAACCUCUACUUCAACUGGCAAUACAACGACAACGGCACCUUGAUGAAGCUGUGUGAGGCAGUGAUCCCUGUAGAAGGUGUGGAACCACGGGUGCAGGUGUACCACGAGCGGAUAGAGUUUGUGGGCAGCAGUAAGCACAACAACAUCUCCAUCCUGCUGUUCAACGUGACCUUCGAGGACGAGGGAGAGUACACCUGUUUCGCCCGGAAUCCCAAGGAGAAGCAUCGCAACCAUAGCGCCAUCUUCACCCUGUUCGUGGUAGAUGAGUUGAAAGUGGUUGACAAUACCGUAACCACCAUCAUCGUGUCUGUCGUGGGCGGAGUCAUUGGCUUGAUCAUCAUUGUCAUGGUGACAAAGACUGUGGUGCUCCUCAUCCUAAAAAAGUCUGCGGAGAAGAAUAAAGAGUGCCUUGUGAGCUCAGGACAGGACAACACAGACAAUGGACUCAACGCAGCCAAAGCGGACAACAAAGCCACACCGAAGGCAUGA